UAAUAUAACUAUUUAUAUUCAGAGUAAAAAAGAAUUGAAAUUUCAUACAAAUUUCUAUUUCAGAUUUCAAUAUAGAAUUCUCAAGUUUGAUUGUUGAAGGGUAAUGGUGUUAGAAAAGCAUUAAUUGAAUUGCAGCUGUAUCUGAUCGAAAUUGGAUGGACAAGAACAAGAACCGAACCGAUCUGCUUGCUGCUGGUCGUAAAAAGCUUCAACAAUUCAGACAGAAGAAAGACGGUAAAGGUGGUAAAUCAAGUAAAGCCAGUAGAUCUUCUGGUGAUGCUACUCCAGAUCUUGUUGAUGUGACGGCAAAAUCAGACCAAGUUCCUGAUGGAGAAAAACCACUUCACAGAGGUGAUGGUAUUCCUUCUUCCUCGGAGUCUCUCACCAAAAAACAUGCUGAAACUCCUCUUAAUGAGUCAAACAAUGUUGACAUAGUUGAAACAACACCAGCCAGUGGCAAGCUGGUAAAAGAGCAUGCUGGAGAACUUGAAGCUGCAUUGAAUUCAGAUUCUGGUGAUCAGGGUAUUGUUGAUUCAUCUUUAGUUUCUGAACAUGCUAAUGCCAAAAUGGUAAAUGAGGAUGUAAAGGAUGAUCAUUUGGAAGCUCCAGGAAUUAUUGCUUCUGAUGUGCCCACUAAAAGUUCUGCAACGGAUGUGCCUGUUGAAUUCUCAUCUUAUUCCGGUGUUGAUGAAGCAGUUUCUCACCAAGUAGAAGUGGAAAGGCUGCAUGUGCAGGAGCAGGUAACAGAUGUAGGGACAAUGCAGGAAUCACAUAAUUCAGGUUCGAAGAAAGGUGAUUCAAGCAGUGAGGUAGAGAUUGAAGGAGACAAGAAGCUUCCGUUGAACGAACCAAGUGAGACUUCUAUUAGCCAGACAGCCACUCUAGUGGGAGAUCAGGCCAAGGAGGAGAUAAAAGCUGAGUACAUUGAACUCAGCGAGCCAAACAAUGUUCCAUCAACUGUUUUAGCAACUCAGAAUGCUGAAAUUGCUGAGGGCAAGGGUCAUCAGAUGGAAGAUGCAGUUUCUGGUUCACGCAAGGAAGAAAAACUUGAAAUGCCUUCAGGUUCUGGUGAAUAUGAAAAUUACAAGGAUGAGGUUCAAAUUUCUGACUCCAGAGAUAUUGUUUCUGAAAAUUCUGUGGAGAAUAGGAUGGUGAACAUCUCAUCUAGGUCAGAUGCAAGUUAUAUUAGCUUGUGUCAACUAGCGGAGGUGGUACGAGACCUUGAUGAAGAUGACUUUAAGUUCUUGCUCAUGUGCAGAGACUCAGCUCCAAAUGCACCUUCUCUGAAACUUUUUGAUGUUUUUGAGAAGCUCAAAGAACAGCUAUACCUUGCAAGUCUUGUAAAAGAUGUAUCUUGUUUGCAGCUAGCUGAAGAGUCAGAACUUCAGAUGGAACUCAGUCGUCAACAUCAUAAGUUGACUGAUCAAAUAUCUGCGGCCAAAGCUUCAUCGACUGAACUUGGAGAGAAGAAUGAUGUCCUUGCUGAUCAACUUGCACAAUCAAGAUCUGAAUUUCAAUUGAUUGUAUCUGAAAGGGAUGACCUCCAAAAGCAGCUUCACAUUUCUAAAGGUGAGGUUGGAGAAUUUGCUGAUAGAAUAAAUGAGUUGCAGACUAAAUUGGAAAUGUCACUUGGUGAAAAUGCAAGUCUGUCUUCAGAGAUGGUUGACUGCCGGAAUUUGGUGGCAACUUUACAGGUUCGAAAUGAGAGCUUAAUAGGAAGCCUUAAUUUGUUGUCUGAAGAGAAUAAAAAGCUUUUGGAGGAGAAGGAAAAUCUUGUUCUUGAGAAUAAGAAAUUGGGAACAGAUCUAGCACAGUCUAAAGCUUUGUUCGGAUCAUUGCAGUUGGAUAAUGAAGAUUUAUCACAGAACUUCACUUCUUUGAGUGAGGAGACGAUGAAACUUCAUGGAGAGAAGGAACUCCUAAUCAGUGAGAACGAGAAUCUGUUUGCUCAAUUGUCGGACUACAAAAAUGUUGUGGAAGCUCUUCAGGUUGAGAACAAGAACAUAAAUGAGAGUUUGGUAUCUGUAACAGAAGCAAAGAACCAGCUUCAGGAGGAGAAUAAGUCUUUGCUCAGUGAAGCUGAGAAACUAGGAUCGGAGUUUUCGGAGUCGAAGUCUCUAAUUGAAGCUCUGCAGAUGGAAGUGGCUGAAGCAAAGGGGCAGUUGACCUCGGUGAUGGAAGAGAGAAACGAGCUUGAGGAGCAGAAGAAGUGUCUUUUCAGUGAGACUGAGAAACAGUCAUUUCAGUUGGCAGAAUACAAGAACUCGUGCAAUAAGGUGGAAGAUGACCUGAAAGACGCAAGUCUGCAUAUUGAACAUCUAACUGAGGAGAACAUGCAUCUGAAGAGAAGAUUGGAAUUGUCUGAAACGAUGAAAACAGAGUCACCUAACCAAAGUAGCUUUGCAUAUCAAUCUAAGGAAGAAGCUGGGCAUCAACUUGAAGGUUCUUGCCACUCUAAAUUUGCACCAGAAAUUGAUGAUGAUGGCUCAAAUUGGUUUGGAGUUGUGAAAAGACACAUGGACGAGGCAGAUAGAGUACUUGAAAAGCUUGAGAAUGCAAUUGAAGAUAUGCACUGUCAGUUAAUUUCUAUGAGUAGGUCGUCUGGUAAAGCAGUUUCACCUGGUGUGUCAAAACUUAUUCAAGCUUUUGAGGCAAAGGACCAUGAUGAUGAGCACCAACCAGAGGAGUUCCAGUCGUCUGAAAAUCGAACAGAUGCAGAUCCCUAUGUGCUAAUUCAAGGGCUAACAAAAACAUUAAGGGCGCUGCUGAAAGAUUUGGUGUUGGCUGCUGCCAAUGGCUACCAAUUUCUCGAAGGAGAGAAGAGUAGUAAAACAGCCACUGAGGUUGCUGCUGAAGAACUGAGGGCCAAAUGCGAGUCUCUGAAUGAACACAUUGAUCUUUUGGGAGGAGCAAACAUUGAGCUAAUGGUUUUCAAUGAAAGUUUAGGGGGAUGUCUCUGGAAUGCUAAAGAAAGGGAGGGAGAGCUUAUGGUCCUAAAUGAAGCUUUGCACAAGCAAGAAGUCGCUACAAAAGCUGAGAACAGUCAGUUAAGGGAGAAUCUUAGUAGCAUUCAGGAAAAACUUUCUAUUUUGCAGAACCAGCUGGGUGAAAUGCGUGAAAGCUGCAAAGAAAUGGGUUCUUGCAUCUCUAAUCAGGUUGAAGGUCUUUUCAAGGAAGUUGCUGACAGAGGUUCAAUACUCCAAGAAGAAUGGAACUCUACAAUUGAUCAGAUUUUUCAGACACUACGGAGGCUAGAUUUAUCUGUUGAAUCUGUUGGCUUCUCUUCGCCUUCAAGAGUAGACAAUGAUCCAGGGUGCAUAAACUUAAGUUAUCGUACUGCUGCAUCUAUUAAUGCUGCUAUCACUGUGAUUGAGGCAUUUCAGGGUCAAGUUGAAGCUGCUCGCCAUGAGUCAAUAUUGAGUACCUCCCGUGAAGCUAACGAGAAGUUAGACUUCUUGCAAGUUGAGAAUGAAAAGUCUAUCAGUCUUUUAUAUAAGAUUUAUGAUAACCUCAAGAAACUUGUGACUGAAAUACCAGGGAAUCUACAAGAAGCUGAAGUUGACGAUCCCAAGAAAUCUGUAGAUCUUUCUCAUCCUGGUGCUUUUGAUUCCCUACUGGAGCAGUUGCAAAGGUUUCUUGAUGAGAAAACACAAGUUGAGUCUGCAAAUGAAAAGCUGAAAUCUGAGUUGAUGGCCAGGACAAAAGAUUUUGAAGAACUGAGCAAAAGAUCCCUUGGAUCAGAUUCUAUUUUAAAGGUGGUUCAAGUGGUUGGGGGAGUCAUUUCUCUAGAUAGCUUUGAAAUCAACAUUAAUGAGCCAGUAUCAUGUCUAGAGUCCCUAACCUCUCUCCUCGUUCAGAAAUAUAAAGAGGCAACUGAAGAUGUGAAGUUGUCCAGGGAGGAAUGUGCUUCCAAGGAAGCACAAGUGAUUGAUUUGCAAGGACAAAUGGAUCACUUGAGCUCAUUGCUUGUUCAAUGUGAAAGUGAAGUCGUAGUCCUUAGAGAAAGUUUGAAGAGAGUUGAGGAGGAUGUUGUAUCUAUUGGUUCUCAAUAUCAAGAGAAAGUUGUUGAAUUUGAACAGUCUGAGCAACGGGUGUCAUCUCUAAGAGAGAAGCUUGGCAUAGCAGUCACCAAAGGCAAAGGUCUGAUUGUGCAGCGUGACAGUCUUAAACAAUCUCUUGCAGACAUAUCCUCUGAACUGCAGAAAUGCUCUGAGGAGUUACAGUUGAAAGAUGCAAUGCUUCAGGAAGUCGAAAUGAAACUCAAGACCUAUUCGGAGGCAGGUGAGCGCAGGGAAGCUCUGGAAUCUGAGCUCUCGUACAUUCGCAACUCUACUACUAAAUUAAGGGAGUCAUUCCUUCUCAAAGACUCUGUUCUUCAGAAAAUAGAGGAGAUUUUAGAAGAUUUGGAGCUUCCGGAUCAUUUCCAUUCAAAGGAUAUCAUUGAUAAAGUUCAUUGGUUGGCGAAGUCAGUUUCUGGGAACUCUUUAGCUCUGACUGAUUGGGAUCACAAGAGCUCUAUUGGAGGAUCAUACUCUGAUGCAGGAUAUGCACUUGGUGAUGGAUGGAAAGAGGCGUCACAGCCAAGUUUGGGUUCUUCCGAAGACCUUAAAAUAAGAUUUGAGGAGCUCCAGGGCAAGUUUUAUGGGUUGGCAGAACAAAAUGAGAUGCUUGAACAAUCCUUGAUGGAAGGAAACAACCUUGUUCAGAAGUGGGAAAAGAUUUUGGACAGGAUAGACAUGCCUUCACACUUAAGAUCUCUGGAUCCAGAAGACCGGAUUGGUUGGUUAGUGCUUGCUGUUUCAGAAGCUGAAAACCAGUAUAACUCUCUCCAACAAAAGUAUGAUAAUUCUGAAUCAUUAUUUGCAUCAACAAGUGCUGAACUUGAAGAGUCAAAUAGAAAAAUAUCUGAGCUUGAAAAUGCAUAUCAAUUGGUUGUCAGUGAGAAAGAGUUACUUUUGAAGAGUAUGGAGUCUCUGAACUUUGAUUUCGAGGAGAUGUCAAGGAAGGCUGCCCAAUAUGAAAUGAGUAAUGAUGACUUGCAGAGCAGAGUAGGUGACUUGCAGAAGAAACUGAAUGAAAUGCUUGGAGCAGAGGAGCGUAUUCAUCAUCUUGAAGGUGAAAUAAGAAGAUCGGAAGAUGUGAUCAAAGAUUUCCUUUCGACUUCUGAAACUGAUGAUGUGUUAUUUAGCUCUGGUAGCACUGAAUCUUUGGAGCAGCUAAUUAGGAAGCUCAUAGAUAAGUAUACCACACUCUCUUUGGGGAAACCUUCUGAGUCUGAUACAACUCCUCUUGAGCAUGUUGGUAAAGAUCUCUCUCAUGAAGAAAAGAGAGAAAGUAAUGUCGUUUGUGAUGACGAUGCAGAUGGAGGUGCUCUCAACAGAAAAUUGGAGGAUGCUCUAAGCGACUUGUUGUCAUUGAAGGAGGAGAAGGAGAAUAUUGCGUUGCAAAAUCAAUCAUUGGUUCGUGAACUGGAAGAAUUGGGUAUCAGAAAUAAAGAACUGCAAGAUCUACUCAAUCAAGAAGAACAAAAGUCAUCUUCUUUAAGAGAAAAAUUGAAUGUUGCAGUUAGGAAAGGUAAGUUGUUGGUGCAACAUCGGGAUAGCCUGAAGCAAUCAAUUGAAGAGCUGAAUGGUGACGUUGAGCGCUUAAAGUCCGAGAUCAGAUUGCAGGAAAAUGCUAUUUCUGACUACGAAGUAAGGAUAAAAGAUUUAUCUGUAUACCCUGAGAGGAUCAAGACCAUAGAAUCUGAGUGUUCAAUCCUGAGAGAUCAGUUGGACGAAAAAGAGUACACCUUGAGCAUGAUUUUGAGUACCCUGGAUGAAGUUAAUGUUGGCUCUAACAUCGAUAAUCCAGUCGAGAAGCUAAAAAGAGUUGGGCAAUUAUGCCAUGAUUUGCAAUCAGCUCUUGCAUCUUCUGAACAUGAAGCAAAGAAAUCUAAAAGAGCAGCUGAGCUACUUCUUGCCGAGUUAAAUGAGGUGCAAGAAAGAAAUGAUGGCCUCCAAGAGGAGCUAGCAAAGUCUCUGAGUGAACUCUCUGGACUGUCCAAGCAAAAAGAAUCUGCUGAAGUUGCUAAACAUGAAGCUCUUGCACGUUUAGAAAAGCUAUCUUCCGUUCACUCAGAAGAAAGAAAGAACCAAUUAGCUGAAAUUACGAUGCUAAAAUCUGGAGUGGAUCAGCUAGGGGAGGAUCUCUAUGUUGUUGACCGUUUGCUCACUGAUGUUUUAUCCAUGGAUUUGGAGACUAUGCACCAUCUUGGUACUAGUAUGAAAGUUUGCCAAGAACCAACUGAUCAAAAUCACUUUCCUCUACUUGUGGCUGAUUCAAGUGGCCUUACCUUCGCGGAAAUAGAAAACAAGGUGUUUGGGAAAGAAAUUGGUUCUAUCAACCAAAAGUUAAACAGGCACUCACAUUUAUUGCAUGAAGAAGCUGCUCGUUUAUCUGAAAUAUUAAGAACCAUACAUGAAGAAAUAUCCCACCACAAGCAGCACUCAAAUUCAUUGAAGGCAGAUCUGAUGCAUUUAGAAUCUAUUCAAAAGGAGAAAGAUGCAGAAUUGCUUAUGGUGCAAAGAUACAAUGCUAUGCUUUAUGAAGCUUGUACCACUUUGGUCAUGGAAAUUGAAAGCAGAAAAUCCCAAUUGGUUGGAAGCAGCUUAGCUUCUGGAGCUCCCAAAAUCGAUUCUGUGUAUCAAAGUUUAGCAGAAGGAAAUGAUUUGGCUGAGAUGACUGACCGGUUUUCUGAGGAACGUAUUAGGUCAGUAAUAGAGAGAUUAUUCAUGGCUGUGAAAGAUAUUAUGAGUGUGCAAAAUGAUAUCGCUGAAUUUGGUCAAAAGGAUAUGAAAGCUGCUAUAUCAAAUCUGCAGAAAGAACUUCAGGAGAAAGAUGUUCAGAGAGAGAAAAUAUGUGCAGAACUUGUUAGUCAGAUUAAGGAAGCUGAAUCUAUUUCAAAGAGUUAUUCACAAGAGCUUCAGAUAGCAAAAUCUCAGAUGGAUGAUUUGCACAGGAAGGUGAAACUGAUGGAGGAGGAACGAGAUUCUCUGACACACAGGAUAAAAGAACUGCAAGAUCAGGAAUCUAACUUCCCUGACCUACAGUUACGAGUUAAAUCACUUGAAGACAUGCUAGCGGCAAAGGAACAAGAAAACGAGGCACUGAUGGAAGCACUUGAGGAGGAGGAGGCCCAAAUGGAAGACAUGACAAACAAAAUUGAGGAAAUGGAGAGAGUCCUGCUUCAAAAAAAUAAAGAUACGGAGAACCUUGAAGUGUCCCGUGGAAAGACUAUGAAGAAGCUUUCUGUUACAGUAAGCAAAUUUGAUGAACUUCAUCAACUAUCUGAAAGCCUUCUGUCCGAGGUUGAGAAUCUUCAGUCGCAAUUACAAGAGCGAGAUACAGAGAUUUCUUUCUUGAGGCAAGAAGUUACUAGAUGCACUAAUGAUGCAAUAGCUUCUGCUCAGAUGAGUAGCAAAAGAGAUAGUGAUGAAAUCCAUGACUUUUUGACAUGGGUAGACAAGAUGAUUUCUCGAGUCCAGGCUCAUGAUAUGGAUUAUGAUGAUGCAAAAGUUAACCAGAUUCAUGAAUAUAAAGAAAUGUUAGAGAAACAGGUGGUGGCUGUGAUAUCUGAGCUGGAGGAUCUGCGUUCACUGGCACAGACGAGAGAUUCAAUGUUGAAAGUAGAGAAAGAUAAAGUAGAACAGCUGGUGAGGAAAGAAGAAUUUCUUGAGAACUCUUUACGUGACAAGGAAUCUCAAUUAGCCAUGCUUCGAGGUGCUAGUGACAUUGGGCAACUAGCAAAUUCUUCAUCAGAGAUUAUAGAGAUAGAGCCAGUGGCCAACAAAAGGGUAGUGCCUGGAACUGUUGCAUCUCAAGUUCGCAGUCUGCGAAAAACUAAUAAUGACCAAGUAGCUAUUGCUAUAGAUGUGAAUCCUGAUAGUGGGAAACUAGAUGAUGAAGAUGAUGAUAAGGCUCAUGGUUUCAAGCCAAUGACGACAUCAAGAAUCGUCCCACGGUUUACAAGACCCAUAACCGACAUGAUAGAUGGUCUAUGGGUAUCCUGUGAUCGGACACUAAUGCGGCAGCCUGUUCUACGGCUUAGUGUGAUCAUCUAUUGGGUUGUGUUGCAUGCUCUUCUUGCGACAUUUGUAGUAUGAGAGCAGAAUAGGUCCGUUGUCUGAUUUUCUCACUGCGAUUAGUUGUGGAGUCACGGGCAAGAUAGUGCAUGGCUGUCUUCACAAUUUUCUGUAAAUCAUCCAAGUUAGUUUUGACCAGAUUGUGGUUGAUCACUUCAUUAUUUUGCUCAACCAAGGAAUUCGUGAUUUGUUCUGUUUUUUUUCGUGAAUCACGUUCUUGGUUGUACUCAUAUAGGAAAAUCCAUAGUACUGUAAUUCUGUAAUUCAAAUAAGAUAUUUCAUAGCAGUAGCGGGGGCACAUGGUGGGAAAUUAGUUUACUGAGAUCACAGUCAAAAGAUGUAUAAAUUUUUUAGUACCCAUUUGUUAAAGACUUUCUUAAUAAGAUAUGUGUAAGUGGUUCUUGUACUACCACAUUGCUUUUUGUCUAUUAAUUUUGCCUCAUUCACCUA